CUUUUUUCCUCGACCUUUCUUCGCGACGUGCGCUUGGACCAAGAAGAAAGCAAGCAAGCCAUGUCGGCGAGCACAGCAGAGGGGAGCGUCCCUCCGCCAACACAAGCACAGGAUGCAGGCUCGUCGUCGUCGUCGUCGUUGUCGUCCUCUUCGCAGGGUGAGAAGAAGAGCCUGCGCUCGGCGCUGCUCGAGUCGAACCCGUACUUCAACGCCGGCUUCGGCCUCAUGAUCAUCGGCACCGUCCUCGCAGUCGCGCGGCGGGGCACCACGUUUGCUGCGGGAGCCGCACAGCGCAGGCUGCUCAUCUCGCUCGAGAUCCCGUCCAAGGACAGGGCCCAUCCGUGGUUCCUCCACUGGAUGGGCGCCCAGGCAAAGGCACAGGCGAUGCGCCAGGCCGGUCUCCUGGGCCACGGUGCCAAGCGGGGCGAGAGCCUGCGCGAGUUCAUUGGGAUAGGCGGUGGCGCUCAGGGAGAAGUGACACAAACAGGGACAGGGAUAGGGACAGGGACAGGGACAGGAAAGGGAAAGGGAAAGGGGAGAGAGGUAGACGAAGACGGUAUCGAGGACCCGCUCAUGGCCAAGGGCUCGCGCGCAUCGCCGAUUCGCAUCUUUUCGCAUGAGCUGUCGGUUGAGACACAGCAGCUGCAACAGCAGCAGCAGCAACAGCGCCAAGGAAGUGAUACGGGAGACGAGACGUCGCGGGCGAGCUUCAGCCUGGUGCCGGGGCCGGGCACCCACUGGUUCCGCUACAAGGGCUGCUGGAUGCGCCUGCAGCGAGAGCGCAACUCAAAGAUGGUCGACCUCAACACGGGCGCGCCCUGGGAGACGGUGACGCUGACGACGCUGCGCUCCCACGCCCAUCUCUUCACCUCGCUCCUCGCCGAGGCCAAGCAACUGGCCAUGGCGAGCACCGAGGGCAAGACGAUCAUCUACACGGCCUGGGGCGCCGAGUGGCGGCCGUUUGGCCAGCCGCGGCGCGCGCGGACGCUCGAGAGCGUGGUGCUCAAGCACGGCAAGCGCGAGGCCGUCGAGGCCGACGUCAAGCGCUUCAUGGAGCGCGGCUGGUGGUACGCACAGCGCGGGAUCCCCUACCGGCGCGGCUACCUCCUCCACGGCUCGCCCGGCAGCGGCAAGUCGUCGUUCAUCACCGCCCUCGCCGGCCAGCUCGAUCUGUCCAUCUGCCUCCUCAACCUGUCCGAGCGCGGGCUGACCGACGACAAGCUCAACUUCCUCCUGUCCAAUGCGCCACAGCGCUCGAUCUUGCUCCUCGAGGACGUCGACGCCGCCUUUCUCGGCCGACAGGGCGCACCCGAGGCCGACGGCUACCAGUCCAGCGUCACCUUCAGCGGCCUACUCAAUGCCCUCGACGGCGUGGCUAGCGGCGAGUCGCGCAUCAUCUUUAUGACGACCAACCACGUCGAGCGCCUCGACCCGGCCCUCAUCCGGCCGGGCCGCGUGGACAUGAUUGAGGAGCUGGGCGAUGCCGAGAGCGACCAGGUCGAGGAGCUCCUCUGGCGCUUCUACCGUAGAGACAGACCCGAGGGCGAGCAACUGGCACCAGAGAUUGGGUCAGCUGAGGAGGGUGAGGAGGACAGCACUCAACAAGCCAAGUGGGACCAAGAGGUGCGGGGUCUGGCCAAGGAGCUGGCCCGUGCUGUUGAGGAGGAGGCACUCCGGCGGCGAGCCGCGGUGGGCCUUGAUGCAUCCGGCCGCGUCUCCUCACCCUCUUCUUCUUCUUCCUUUUCGGUGGAGACAGAGGUGCGACGGCAGCUGGCAGGCGCGAGCACGGUGCGACCGAUGCCCGCAUCACGCGGCGGCGUCAGCAUGGCCGAGCUCCAGGGCCUCUUUAUUCGCUUCCCAGACGACCCCCGCGCCGCCGUCGAUGCAUUCCGGCAAGAGAGCAGCAGCAGCAGUGUCCGUGGCAGUACUGUUGAUGCUAGCACAAGCCCAGCUUGAAUGCCAUUUCUCCCGUUUGUCUGCCAUCAUCAUCAUCAUCAUCAUCAUCAUCAUCAUCAUCAUCAUCAGUCUAAGCC